AUGCCACUUGAACAUUGCCAGGACUCAACUGACCACAACACCGACGGGCAACAGCCCAACCAACACCCAGCAUCACCGCCGUCGCCUCCGCCGCAGACGGGCGCAAGCACCCCAUCAGCGCCGCCGCCUCCGCCGCAGACCGGGCGCCAAACCGCCUGCGGCUACGCGACUGCGCAUGUGCCAUCUGCGCCCUCGGCACCUCCGCCUGCGCCUCCCCGCCCUGCACCACGGCGCGCUGGGUCUAUGCAGCAGGCGCCGCGCCGCAUGUGGGUGCGCGUCUGCGCCGUGGGCGCCAGCACCAUAGCCGCGGGCGUCGCCUGCGAAUGCGAACUCUGCGCCGCAGGGCCGGGAGAAAGCGCGCUCCCCGCCCCGCCGCAGCCACGCACGAAUGGCGUGACCAUAGCCUACAACCCCUACGCCCACCCAGGGCCGGACACAGCAUACUCCAGCGACGACGACACCUCCCCGGAGGACUCGGACGACGAUCCGUGGAGCCCCGCACCCCCACCCCCCGACCACUACUACAACGGGCGCAUCGUCGGGACGGGCGCGAACUCAGACCCGAUCCUCUAUGAGUUCGUCGUCGGCGAGGACGACGAUCCGGUCUCAACGACAUUUAACCCCCAACACGUCCGCCAGAUGGCCGUAGCGGCCAUCUUCGAGGCCAUCUCGCGAGCGGCCGCCAUCCCCAACGGAACCGGCCAUCCGGAUGACGACGACGAAAACCACGACGCAUGA